AUGAUCUUCAUCUGUCUGGCCAUCUCCGGGUUCAGCCUGUACAAAAUUCUCGUGACACCGCAACAGAACGACAUCACUGGCUAUUCGCCAUAUGGAGCACGAGCUAACGAUGAAUAUGAUGCGUAUCAGAAGUAUUUUUCGGCGGCAGGCCUCCCGGUCGCCACCCAUAUUUUUGCCGUCGCCAAGGAUAACGGCAGUAUGAUACGGGAGAAAUACCUCGAGGAGCUGAUUACGGUGAUCAACUACGUCUACAACAACAUCACGAUGUACAACGGCGAGACGGGGAAGUUCGAGAAUUUCCAGUUUUUCUGCAAGGAUUUCUGCGAGAUCAACGAGCCCGUCCGGUCGUUUCAUUUCGGCUAUCAGCUGCAGAAGCAGCUGAUCGGCGAGGGCCAGCCCCUGAACCCUAACAUCAAGCCAACGUAUCCGAUUGCCGAAAUGCUGGGAACUCCAUUCAGUUUACAGCCCAAUUUCUUCGGCAUCGAAAAGUACCCGGAAGAGGACAAGGCCCUUAAACUGCUCGGAGACGGCGCCGAAGCUGGAGUCAACCAAACGGAUUUAUCGGAAGACGCCCUGCGCCCGUUGAUCACCAACCUGAAGUCGGUGAAGAUGAUCGCGCUGCAGUUCCGCGCCGAGCACAAGCCGGGAUGGACGGAUCAUGACGUGAAGGAGUGGGAGAUGAAGGUCGUCGACAUAUUCCAGAAGAAGUACCGCUCGAACCGGCUGAAGCUGUACGUCUACUCGCAGUCGUACGUCGAGGAAGAGAUGGUGAGAGGUGGCAUCAUCAUGCUUCCAUACCUGGUCGUCGGCUUCACCAUCAUGUGUGCCGUUAGUGUGUGCACGGUCAGCAUCCGCGCCUGGUACAUGAACCAAACCAAUUGCUAUAAGAUAGUCCUGGCCAUCAUGGCCUGCCUGACCCCGAUCCUGGCGUGCACGACCGCCCUGGCGUUGAUGUUCACGUGCGGCAUCCGGUUCGCCUCGAUUUUGUGUGUCAUCCCCUUCCUCGUGCUUUCUAUCGGCGUCGACUCCUCCUACUUGAUGAUCCACGAGUGGCAGCGCGUCACCAAGCACACCAGGGACAACCCGCCGAAGAAGGAUUCCGUCGGCCAUCGAAUGAGCGAGGUACUGUCCGAAGUCGGCCCGGCCAUCCUCAUCUCCUGCCUGACGAACAUGUUCGCCGAUUUUGUCGGCUCGUUCACGUCGUCGCCUGAGAUCACGCUGCUGUGCACCGGGAACAUGUUGUCCAUGUGGUUCGCCUUCAUCUAUCAGUUGACCUUCUACGCGGGGCUGAUGUCGAUCGUCGGCCGCUACGAGAUCGACGAGGACAAGGAGGAGGAGGUGACGAUGAACACGGCCGAGCAACGAGUCUACAUCGCUCGUCAUCACACGGCGACGAGGCAGCUUACGCGCCAACCCUCCAAAUUCCACGAGGUCGCCAAGCCGGUGACGACCAACUUCUUCACGCGCUACGUGAACCUCAUCUGCAACCCGGUCACCUACUUCUCCGUCGUCGCCCUGUAUAUGCUGUACUUGGCCGUGUCGGUUUGGGGCAUCACGCAGAUGAACAUCAACCUCACCGCCCGCAAGCUGUUCGCCCUCGACUCGCCGCUGGUGGAGCUUGACGAUCUCCGUGUGCAGUACCAGGUCCCCUACUACAGCCAGGCCACCGUGUUCGUCAACCACCCCGGCAACCUCAGCGACCCGAUCCGGCUCAAGCGCCUGAAUCAAUUCGUCGCCGAUUUCGAGGACCUACCCGGCUCGUGGGGCCCCGUCGGCACCAAGUACUUCCUCCGCGACUUCCAGCGCUUUGAGAAUAAAUUCCACCUGCACAAGGGCGGCGACGACGCCGACGGCGAUGGCGGUGAGGAAGCGGGAGACGAGGAACCCGAGGAUUCGGAAGAGGAGGACGACCGGCCCAUCGAUUUCAACGACCCCACCUACCUGAAUCCGACGUUGUACCUGCCCGACCAAAUCGACUUCUUCAUCUCGUGGCCGGACACGGAGUUCUGGAAGGGAUUCGUGAAGCUGACCAACGCCACCGAGGCCAACACGACCACUACGAUCCCGGGUGUCAAGGUUCUGAAGAAGUUCUUCUUCACCACCGGCUUCCACGGCAAGCAGCUGAGGGUGUGGAUCAACCGCGGCAAGAUGUUGCACCAGUGGCGCGACGUCGUCGACAAGUAUCCUGAUUUCGAGCCCUCGGUCUUCCACGAGGACGGCAUCUACCUCGACCUCAUCGACAACAUGCCCACCGACACCUGGCAGUCUGUAGCUGGCACUCUCGUUUGCAUGGCAGCCGUGUGCUUCGUGUUCCUCAACAGCUGGUUUACCGUGGCCAUCGCCUCGCUUUCGGUGUUGUCGAUUUGCGCUGGCAUUCUCGGCAUUCUCUCGUGGUGGAACAUCGAUCUCGACCCGAUCACCAUGGCCGCGAUGAUCAUCUCCAUCGGUUUCUCGGUGGAUAUCCCGGCCCACGUCGCCUAUCACUACUAUCAAGCUGGCGUCCAACAUGGUCCUACAGCAACUCCGGCUGACCGCCUCAGCAACUGCCUCUCCUCCGUGGCUUUCCCAGCCCUACAAGCGGCGCUUUCCACAAUCCUCUGCGUCUGCUCCCUUCUUUUCGUGAACAUCUACAUGGCUGAGGUGUUCGUCAAAACGAUGGUGCUCUGUGUGCUGCUCUGCAACCUCCACGGUCUCCUCUUCCUGCCGGCCAUCCUGAUCACGCUCGACGAGAUGCGGGUGCUGCUCACCAGAAAGAGCGUCACCCAGCAGUCGUCGAUGACCAGCCGAUCCACCCCGGUCGUCAAGGGCCAGAACAAUUCACGGGAGAACAAGCAGCGCGGAAGGAUAGCCCCGGAGCGAUCGAACGUCACCGACCGGCCCGAGGUC